UACAAAUUAAAAACAAAAGACAGACAAUUCGUCUUUACAUAAAUAGUGUAUAAUAGUGUAUAAUAAGGAGACAUUAACCGCAAAGUGAAGUUGUACAGCGCUAUAGAAAAACGAUGACUGGGAAUUUUAGUCUGUUUCAGAGUCCUGUGUAUAAACGAUACCAUGCUUGGUCCGAAACACAGUGCAUCAAAAACGUGAUAUCCAAAUCUCCACCUGAUGAUGGGCUGUUGUACUGCACGCCAAGACAUGAUCAUUUUAUGGGAUGUUGGAAUUUUACUUUGGCAGGAAGUAGGGCUUAUCUCCCUUGUCCAGAGCUACCGGGAUUUUCAACAGAAAAUUUUGCUUAUUUUGACUGUCUGCCGAAUGGUUCUUGGUACGUACACCCGUCGACAGGAAAGGAGUAUGCUAAUUACAUGGGUUGCAGAAAUUACCAGCAAGUGUUGAAAGAAACGGAGGAAGACCUUUUACAUGUUUAUGUGUCCAUUGCUGGAUUCAGUAUCUCCCUCCUCUUGCUUAUCAGUGCACUUGUUAUUUUCUUCAGUUUCAGGCAAUUAAAUUGUGACAGAAUAGCAGUACACAAGAACUUGUUUAUCUCUUACGUCAUCUCAGAUCUAUUCAACGUCAUCUACUUAUCUGUCGUCUGCUUAGAUGAAAGUGUUCUGAUGCAGAAUCCGUUGUGGUGUCGAGUAUUACACGUUAUAACACAGUAUGCUGUGGUAAGCAACUUUGCCUGGAUGUUCUGCGAAGGUCUCUUUCUACACACUUUAAUCAUGAAUGCCCUUAAAUCUGGACACUCUGUCAUUAUGAUCUGCUUUAUCAUUGGUUGGAUGGUUCCAUUGGGGUUGACAGCAGUCUAUGCUGGAAUCAGGGCAACUCUCUCUGACAAUAUAGAAUUCUGUUGGUUGUACGAAAGCUCCCUGCAGUGGAUCACUUUUGCACCGGUUGUUCUUUCAAUGAUGGUCAACAUCGUAUUUCUUAUCAAUAUCAUGCGUUUACUUGUAACCAAACUACGACAACUCCCCGAGGCUGCGCAGACUAGAAAAGCAGUUCGAGCUACGGGGAUUUUAAUUCCAUUGCUGGGUCUACAAUUCCUUCUGUUUAUAAAGCGUCCAAAUGACAAAGAAUCCAUGCUGUAUGACGUAUACACUUACGCAGUUUCGGUGGUUGUAUCAUUACAGGGGGCCUUUGUUUCCAUUCUCUAUUGUUUUUGUAAUGGUGAGGUUUUGACACUGUUACAGCGGAAAUGGUAUCAACACAGAAUGGUGUUACCAGGGAAACGGAAGCGCGCGCAAUCUUCCUCCGCUUCGACCAUGUAUACGUUUAUUGAUCAAGUGUCACAAGGAAAUACCAACAUGCUUUGAAUUCGAAAUACAUGGAAUAUUGUUAAUAUUUUUAUAGAAAACAUUUUCUAAAAUAAAAUUUAGCAUAUUUGA